UCUAUAAAUUGAUGGAACUACCCACGCAGAGGCCACUGUAGAAGACAUAGCUAAGCAAGCAAGAAGCUCCAAGGUCCCCAAGACGCCAUGGCGACGAACCCCGGCUUGUUCACCGAGUGGCCAUGGGCGAGGCUUGGGAGCUUCAAGUACCUGGUGCUGGCGCCAUGGGUGGCGCACGGCCUGCACGUGGUGGCGACCAAGGGGUGGCGCGAGGCGGACCUGGGCUACAUAAUCAUCCUGCCGUCGAUGAUGCUCCGGGCGGUCCACAACCAGCUCUGGAUCACCGUGUCCCGCCUCCAGAACGCGCGCGGCAAGCGCCAGAUCGUCGAGCGCGGCAUCGAGUUCGAGCAGGUGGACCGCGAGCGCAACUGGGACGACCAGAUCAUCCUGAGCGCGAUCCUCUUCUACCUGGGCGCCCUGCACCUUCCCGGCGGGAAGAACCUGCCGCUGUGGCGGACGGACGGCGCGGUGCUGAUCGCGCUGCUGCACGCCGGCCCCGUGGAGCUGCUCUACUACUGGUUCCACCGCGCGCUCCACCACCACUUCCUCUACACGCGCUACCACUCCCACCACCACGCAUCCAUCGUCACCGAGCCCAUCACAUCUGUCAUCCAUCCAUUUGCGGAGCUCAUGGCCUAUGAACUGCUCUUCUCGAUCCCGCUUAUCGCCUGCGCCUUGACAGGAACUGCUUCAAUCAUGACAUUUGAGCUCUACAUGCUCUACAUCGAUGUCAUGAACAACAUGGGCCACUGCAACUUCGAGUUGGUGCCCACCUGGCUCUUCAGAUGGUUCCCACCUCUCAAGUAUAUCAUGUACACACCAUCGUUUCAUUCUCUUCACCACACCCAGUUCCGGACAAACUACUCUCUUUUCAUGCCCUUCUACGACUACAUAUAUAACACGAUGGACAAGUCAUCGGACAAGCUGCAGGAGAAUUCACUCAAGAACAAGGACGAAUCGGUAGAUGUGGUUCACCUAACCCAUCUUACCAGCCUGCAGUCCAUCUACCACAUGAGGCCUGGGUUCGCCGAGUACGCAUCCAAGCCGUACGCCUCCAAGUGGUACAUGCGCAUCAUGUGGCCUCUUUCGUGGCUAUCCAUGGUCCUCACGUGGGUGUAUGGCUCUUGGUUCACCGUUGAGAGGAAUGUCAUGAAGAAACUCAGGAUCCAGUCAUGGGCCAUACCAAGAUACAAUUUCCAUUAUGGGUUGAACUGGGAGAAGGAAGCAAUCAAUAGCCUGAUUGUAAAGGCGAUAUGUGAAGCUGACAAGAAAGGAGCCAAAGUUGUUAGUCUUGGACUCCUGAAUCAGGCCCAGAGUCUCAAUGGAAGUGGGGAACUUUAUCUGCAAAAGUACCCAAAGUUGGGGGUGAAACUGGUGGAUGGCACCAGCCUAGCUGCCGCAGUGGUUGUCAAUAGUAUCCCCAAAGGUACAGAUCAAGUUGUUCUUGCAGGAAAUAUUUCGAAGGUGGCCCGGGCAGUGGCUGCAGCAUUGUGCAAGAAAAAUAUCAAGAUCAUAAUGACAAACAAGCAAGACUAUCAUUUCCUCAAGCCCAAAAUACCAGAAGAUGCAGCUGAUAAUCUUUUAUUAUCAAAAACUGGCACUGCAAAUGUGUGGGUAAUUGGAGAAGGUUUAGAUGCUGCUGAACAGUUCAGAGCACCGAAAGGAACACGGUUUAUCCCAUACUCACAGUUCCCACCAAGAACGGUACGCAAGGACUGUUGCGCCUACUCAACAACCCCAGCAAUGAGCGUACCUAAAACAAUGCAGAAUGUUCAUUCGUGCGAGAAUUGGCUGCCAAGGAGGGUGAUGAGUGCGUGGCGCAUCGCUGGAAUUGUUCAUGCAUUGGAGGGAUGGAACGAGCAUGAGUGCGGAGACAUGGUGCUAGACAUGGACAAAGUUUGGUCUGCUGUGAUUCUGCAUGGGUUCUGCCCCGUUGCUGAAGCUUGAAGCUCUGGUUGCAGGCCAACGGAAUAAACAGUAUGCAGAUAUAGAUGUGAUAUGCUCGAUGGAUCCAUGCUAAGGAAGAAGAAGCAGACACAUUGGCCAGCAAAAGUAUAGCCUAUAAUUAUGUACUUUGAUCUACCAAAGUUACUUGGUUAGCUGUUAUCGCGCUAUUCACUCCUAUGAUAAUGAGUCCAUAACUUGGUUUGAUCUAUUUCUAUCGCUA